AUGGCAAAUACAUCUACACAGACCGACGCGAUGCGAACCACCCUCAAAGGUGCGCCGAGAAUGCAAUCAAUUCGCUUCCACGGACCGGGUGAUAUCCGUAUGGACGAAGUCGAUGAACCAGUCUGCGGCAAAGGCCAAGUUAAGGUUUGUCUUUACAUAUCAUUGAUACUGGAAAUAACGCUAACGGAGAAUAUCAAGAUGAGACCCGCUUACGUUGGCAUUUGCGGUAGCGAUCUACAUGAAUACACUAGUGGCCCAAUCUUGAUACCGGAAACUCCACAUAAAAUCACAGGCUGUACGCAACCAGCAACACUGGGCCACGAAUUCAGCGGUAUCAUCGAAGAAGUCGGCGAAGACGUCAAGAAUGUUUCACCCGGGCAACGUGCCGUAGUGCGUCCGACCAUUUUCGAUGGAUCAUGCGCUGCGUGUAAGGAAGGAAAUUACCAUUGCUGUGAAAAUAUUGGAUUCAUCGGACUGAGCGGCUAUGGUGGUGGCAUGGCUAAGAAAAUCGUCGCCCCAGCAGGUCACUUUUAUGCCCUCCCUGAUACCAUCUCCCUUGAGGCUGCUUCUCUCAUCGAGCCCCUCGCCGUAUCUUGGCACGCUGUCAACUUCUCCCCUUUCAAAAAGGACGACAAUGUCCUCAUCGUCGGUGGGGGCCCGAUAGGGCUUGGCAUUGUUCAGGUUUUGAAGCUGCAAGGCGCAGGACAGAUUAUGGUAGCCGAACCAAUGGAUAACCGCAAGAAAUUCUGCACGGAAUUCGGAGCAACAGCAAUCCUCGAUCCCAGUGAGGUGGAUGUCACGAAACGAGUUCGAGAGCUGACCAGCGGUGUCGGAGCAGAUGUGGUAUUUGAUACAGCUGGCGUGGAGAAAGCGCUCUUGGGGGCGAUCGCCGCUGUUCGCGUUCAGGGAACGAUUGUGAAUCUUGCUGUUUGGGAGGGAAAUCCUUCUCUGCCUGUCAACGAUUUGAUGUAUAAGGAGGUGCGGUAUAUGGGGGCGGCUUUGUAUGACGAGCAAUCUUUCUUGGAUGUGAUGCAGGCAUUGAGUGCGGGCGAUUUGCGACCUGAGAAAAUGAUCACGUCUAGGGUUCCGCUGCGCGAUGUGGUAGAUCAAGGCUUUCGGGCACUGCUUGAUCAUCGUGAUGAGCAUUGCAAGAUUAUUGUGGAUGUGCAAGAAGAGGGUUGA